GUAUGCGCGAGCCGCUGUUGCUGUAUCAGAGUGCGUACUUCACGUCCAGGAGCUAACGCUUUGCUUUACAGCCACGCAGACGGACACAAACAAACGACAUGCCACGAGUAUGAGAUAAUUAAAAUUAAAAAAAGCCUGUCGCGUUCAAGCAGCAAGGAGCUGAUUCAUUGGAGGCUCGACCACAUCACUGUGACUUCAUCUCUCUGCAUUUCCAAAUCUUCGGAGUUGUUGUUGGAGGCUAACUUCAACAUAAAAUAUAAUCAUGAGCACCCACGAGUCAGACGUGCACACCAUCUCUCCGGAGCUGCCGGCGAUGUUCGACGGCAUGAAGCUGGCGGCGGUCGCCACGGUGCUCUACAUCCUCGUCCGCUGCUUGAACCUCAAGAGCCCCACUGCACCCCCGGACCUCACCUACCAGGACACAGCCCUCAACCGCUUUCUUCUCAAGUCCUGUCCUCAGCUGACCAAAGAGUACAUUCCUCCCUUACUGUGGGGUAAGAGUGGUCACCUCCAGACGGCACUCUAUGGUAAACUUGGCCGGGUGAGCUCACCUCACCCAAGUGGAGUCAGGAAGUACUUACCCAUGCAGGACGGGGCCACUGCGACCUUUGACCUCUUUGAGCCAAUGGGGGACCAUAGAACAGGAGAUGACAUCACCAUGGUGAUAUGCCCUGGUAUUGGAAACCACAGUGAGAAGCAUUACAUUCGAACCUUUGUGGAUCACGCCCAGAAGGACGGUUACCGCUGUGCUGUGCUGAACCACCUGGGAGCUCUUCCCAACAUCGAGCUUACCUCUCCGCGCAUGUUUACCUACGGGUGCACAUGGGAGUUUGCAGCCAUGGUCGGCUACAUUAAGCGGACGUAUCCUCAGACCCAGCUGAUGGUGGUGGGCUUCAGUCUGGGUGGCAACAUUGUCUGCAAGUUCCUGGGCGAGAACAGGAUGAACCAGGAGCGGGUGCUGUGUUGUGUCAGCGUGUGCCAGGGCUACAGCGCUCUCAGGGCACAGGAAACAUUCCUUCAGUGGGACCAGUUCAGACGUUUCUAUAACUUUCUCAUGGCUGACAACAUGAAGAAAAUCAUCCUCUCACACAAGCACAGUCUGUUUGGGGGAAGCCCAGUUAAAUUGAAAGAACUUGAUCUUGGUCGUCUGUACACAGCGACAUCUCUCAUGCAGAUUGACGACAACAUCAUGAGAAAAUUCCACGGCCACAGCUCUCUCAAAGAGUACUAUGAGAAGGAGAGUUGUGUCCAUUAUAUUCACAACGUCAACGUGCCACUGCUGCUAGUAAAUGCUGCAGAUGACCCUCUGGUUCAUAACUCACUGCUCACCAUCCCUCGCACACUAGCAGCAAAGAAGCCGAACGUCAUCUUUUCUCUGACACUACACGGAGGUCACCUGGGCUUCUUCGAGGGCGCGGUGCUCUUCCCCCAGCCCCUCACCUGGAUGGACAAGGUGAUAGUGGGCUACGCCAACGCCAUGUGCCAGUGGGAGAAACAGAAACCGCCGUGCCAAAGUGGCCCCCUGAGUCCGAGCUCCUGCGCAGAGGAAAAAGCGUAAACUUCUGAACUUCUGUAUCUCUGUCUCUCUCUCUCCCUCGUUCUCUUCCUGCUCCCCCUCCCCCUUAACACCACUGCCCCAGCACUGAGGAGACACCUAAACCUUAAACUGCUCUCUCUUGUCUGCCUUCUCCUCUGGUGCUACCUUCCGCUCCCGACCCACACAUACCGGUCAAACACGUCUCCACGCCUUCUCCACAGUUCCCCUUUGUAAUCACAAUCACCUUACAGUAUGUAAAGGAACAAAAAAAACAAAAAACGACUAAUUGCCUUUUUGUGCUCAUUUCCGUUCCGAAGACUUUGACUUUCCGAGCAGAAACAUUUUGAUCUUUGGCUAAUGAAGGCAUUGACCAAAUAUGACAAGUGAUGACGUCAAGCUGGCAUUAAAAAGUAAGGUAGUACAGUGAAAGACAAGAGCACACAAGAAGCCUCUUAUAGUAAUCGAGGACUGUGCUGCAGUCGGUGCCCAUUUAAUGCACCUGUAAGAAGCUCACUGCUUAUCACCGCCAGGGCCAUGUAGCCUAGUCUGCUGUCUUAACCAACACAGCGUCUUUGUAGUAUGUAUGUACGAUUGUGUGUAUGUUUGUGUGUAUGUUUGUGUGCGCCUGUGAAGACUGAGAGUUAAAGACCCGGGAUGGAGCAUGUGAUCUUUGUGUUUGAUCGGUGUGAUCCAAUUUCCCCGCAAUGGUCUAUUGGCCCUUCUGUUGUCCUUUUUUCUUUUGGGUGAACUGUUCCAUUGUUUGUAGAAAAUGUACAGUAGAAAAGUUAAGUAUUAUGGUGGGAUUUAACACGUUAUUUCCAGCUCAUAACAUCCCCAUGGCACUUGCGUUUGGCACUUGAAAGUGUUCAGUGCUUAGAAGACGUGCCCAGGGAUCAACCUCAGAGGGGAUCCACGCACAUUCCCGCGGUCGCAUUUUAUCACUUUGAUUCAGUGCACUUUACACCUUGUAUGACACAAUCUUUUAUUUUUUUUUCAUUUAUUUUUUUUUCCUCCGAAGCGCAGGUAUGGAGAUUAUUGAUGGUUUAGCUCUCCUCGUGACCGAGAGGAAGGACCGAAGGGAGCGAGGAUGAUAACGAAAAGUUAGAUGACUCGAGUGUUCCCCGUGUUGUUUGUUGUCUUUGAGCCCUCUUACUCUUCGUCUGCCUUUGAUCAGCUGCAGCCAAGACUGUGAUACCUUUCUCUAACCACACGAGCACUGCUUUGGCUCAAACAUCUCGUGACUCUUUUUGCCUUUUCCAGCAGAUGAUUCUGUGGCAAAUGCGGUCUUGUGAAAAGGGGAAAGUUCAGCAGUGUGAAGCAGAUUCUCUUAUCUGAGCUGGGAGGUGUGAUGAGUAGGAGGGCCGACGACACCGACGCUGAACCAAAUGUUUAUUUAGUGGAUUGUUUGUACUACUGGUAAUUCUAAAAGUGAUUGUUAUAUUGUUUAACUAAAUGGAGAACACUGCACGUUAGGGUGAAGAGACAGAUUUUUAUCGCAGGGGUAUAUUUUUGUUGCAAAGACUGCAUUGAAAAGCUUUUCUUUAUUUUUAUUUUUUUGGACUGGCCGUUUGUUGAAAUCUAUCUGAAACGUGUCUGGAUGAAAGCUUACUGCAAUAAUGGGACCUGUGGACACUUCAAAACCUGACUUGAAUAGAGUUUUUCUUUCUUUUUUUUUGACCUUGUUUAAGGGCUAAGGAAGCUUCUCCCCAGGUUUAAGUCCAGCCAACACUGAACACUGUGAUAGUAGGCAGUGAUCGAACGUUUUCUCUGAUGAGAUCUGGGUUUGAUAGUAUUUGAAAGAAGCGGCUUUUGUUUGAGUUCCAGAAAGUUUGGCAUUUCAAGACAAUUCAUAUUCGUUUUUUCUGUCUGUUAUUUGCAACAUUAUGACUGAAGAUAAUCAUCCCGAGCGUUAAAGUUCAUUCUUGACCUCCGGAAAUAGUAGUUUGGGUUACAUCGUAACCAUUUAACAAGCACCAGUAAUCAAACUUCUUUGGCUUGAGGACAAUCUCAUAACCACAGUUUAUGGAGAUUUUACAUUUAAUUCUCCACUUUUUUUAGAUUAUUUUGGGCGAAUACUAUAAAAUCUAGGUUGUAACGGGCCAGUGUGGGAUUUAAUCGCAGACAUGGAACAUAAUAUACACAACUAUAUUUUUAUGAUGACCUGGCAUUAUCUCUGGUUCAGCCCAUCAUAUCUACAGUAAAUGGUACUGUAGUCUCUUCUCAGAGACUUCCAUGUUGUCCCUGCUGUGUUUCUAAAGUAGCCCAGAACAGACAAAGCAAACACUGGCUCCAGCGAGAGCGUUUCAAGGUUCUAGGUUACCUGAAGGCCUCCGUGGUUCUCUGGCACGCUCGUGAAGCUGCGGUAACGCGAGCCGCUGUCUGUCCAAUACCCACGGCUCUGCACCGAGCCGAUACCUGUGUCCUCUUCUCACAUUUAUUAUCUGUACACCGCAUUAAGGGGAAUUUACUCUCAGAUCAAAUGAGAGCGGUGACAGUUGUCAGCCGCCUGCAAUGACUGAAUUAAAUAAACUAACAAGUAGAAGGGAACUCUGAGAGCCACGGCCAAAUGUCCUUUCUCACAAUGUUAACAAAAGUGAAAAAUAGUUAAUGUAUCCGCCCUACUACUGCUCCAAAUUGUAACAGGUUCUUCCUAAAAAAUCUGGCCAAUAUGUGUCUGUAAUCCCGCCAAACCAAACUGUAGUAAAUUUGGGUCAGUGACAUCGUUAUGGCGAUUGGGUCGGUGCAUCUUGGCCUCUGAACACGGUCGUCUUGCGUCGUUCAAUCUACAAAUGACUGUCGCCAUCUGUUGUCUUGGAGACCAAACUACAACUGCAAACAUCCUGUCAUUCGUCUGCACUGAGAUUAUUUUCAUGGUUCACACUCAUUUCAACAAAAUCGGCUGUAGUUUGGGUUUUACUCUGGCUCUUCAAAGUAAUCGGAUGAAUAUAAACACCAGCACAAACCCAGUUUCUGCAGUGAGAGCCAUCUGUGUUCUUUUUGACAUGUUUGCCUCCCCCUCCCCCCCAACUUUGCACAAAAAUGCAGGUUUUGGAUUUAUUGUUUAGAUGUAUUUUUUUUUCUUGUCAAUUUUUUGGAGUAUUUUUUUUGUUGUAUUUUGUACUGUUUUUAUUACUUUAUUCGUGUUUUUUGUUUGUUUGUGCAUAUGCGUCAGAGUGCGAGUGUUGAGUAAACAUAGUGUACAUGUAUACUGUCACCACCUCUGAUUGACAAAAACCAAAACUUCUUCACUUUAACAAUUUAAAAAACUAAAGAAAUAUAUGAGUAUAGUGUAUAUUAAAAUAUGUGAGGGAACAGGUGUGAAAAAAUAAGGGCAAUAACCUGACCAGGAGGGAUUCUCUUAUCAUUUUGAUGUGUCCUCAUGUAGUGUCAAAGUACGUCAGACCAAAACAUGUUCUUUUGUUCAUGCAGUGUGGGAUCUGAAAUGUUGCUUUACUGUGUUGAUAUGAGAACGUGCUCCUGUGUAGUCAACCUAUCCCCAGUGCGUCAUCUUGUUAUAUUUUAUUAUUAAAGAUCGUGGGCUCAUG